CGACAAUUUUUUGCACUUCGACUUCUCGGCCGGUAUCGUCGAGGUAGCUUAUUUUACAGUGGAGCACAGAACUGUAAGGGAGACUUUUGCUCCACGUCCAUCCAUCUGGUUAGGAUGGCAGCAAAACAGCUUCAAACGUUCGUCCAGAAAUCUACAAAAAACAAGACACGGAACCUGCUAGUAUGUUGCAUUAUCGCCCUAUCGACGUUCCCUGUUUUGGAUUGUUCGCCUAUUUCUUCUGACGCUGAUAGCGAACAGGUUUUACAACGGAACGGGGUUGUCCCAAAUAUCACCCUACAACUCCCAACUAUGAAACCCAUGAUCGAUAUGAGAGGCUUCCCCGAUACCGAGGGACAUUGUGCUCACGCCGGCUUUUUUCGAAAUAAAACAGACUGCGCCCAGUUUUACAGGUGUGUUGAUUUUAACCGAAAUGGAAAAUACACCUUUUUCCGCUUCAUGUGCGGACCAGGGACUUUUUUCGAACCCAGAUACUCCCUUUGUUUAGGACCGAGGAUGUUAGUGACGCCUUGUUCAAUUGACCCGCUGACUACAACAUCUACGCAGUCUACUCCUACACCGACUACUACUCCGUUUAACCCAGCAGGCCCUGACGACUGCGAGCAACCUUUUACUGUACAGGACGCCGGUAACCUACCUCGAAACGGGAUCUCCGGAAUAACAAAUUGUGAAGGCUCUAAUUGUGCGCAACCGAGGUUCACGCUGCGUCCGUGUACUACGACCACCUCGACUACCCCGUCAACGCCCACCUCGACUACCCCGUCAACGACCACCUCGACUACCACUUCAACGACCACCUCGACUACCCCGUCAACGACCACCUCGACUACCACGUCAACGACCACCUCGACUACCACGUCAACGACCACCUCGACUACCCCGUCAACGACCACCUCGACUACCCCGUCAACGCCCAUCUUGACUCCCGACCCUACCCCAACAUCUACAGAGAACUGCAAGGGAACUUUGACAGUACAGGAUGCGGACAUAGAUAAAACUGUGAAAAUCGAAAAUGUAUCCAUACCUCCGAACAGUAUAUCCGGACUAACAAGUUGUGGCGGGAGCUACAACGUCGUUAUUAUAGAAGGCGGGCGGAUAGCAAUUAACACCUCUUUUCCAUCUGGGGCAAUACUUCUGAUAAGUACAAAGCAAGACGUUGGAGAGGUUACUGGCAUUGCAAACAGGAUAUUCAUUACAAACUCAACCAAAAUAACCCUCCCACCAUCUACAACUUACGAAAUAAUCGAAUUAGAUACCGGAGGUCAAAUCGUUGAACGAAAAACGCUUAUCGUUACUACUUCAACAAGCCAGGUAGUUGUGCGCGAAAUGAGCAUUUACGGACAAGUAACUCUGGCAGGGAACAAAGUAACUACACUUGGAGGUUGGCGAUUCACAAAGGCAUACAUGGUAAUAAAUGAAUCGCAAUCGAUUUGGGCUUCGUUUGCAAUUCUUUCGAACGUUACGACGUUGCAAACAGUUGUCUCCACUACAUCAAACGCUUUUAAUAGCAGCCAGCAGUACAUUGCUGGAAUAGUUGUAGUAGGCGAAUCGAGUGAUAACAUUCAAUCAAACGGAAGCCUACCCUACACCAUCCCGAUUUCAAGUCAAGACCGUUUGGCUAUCAUCCCUAAAGAAGGUUUAGGAAACAUCACAUUGGUUGAAAAAUCGUCAACUACACGAACAGAAAUUUCGCUGACACCUGGAACUUUGUUGGUAAUCCAACCCCCUGCUGGCUUAAGCGGAAGCGUCACGAACCUCGUGCAGCCAAUGUAUACCUCUGAGACAACAACUAUCACGUUCCCAGCUGGAAGCAUCGUUUCAACAUUUAAAAUUCGCACGGAUGGAACGAUGGAAAGAAUUUCGAGUGUUUCGAUGACAUCGACUUUUAGUGUCUUCACUUCAACGCACAGCAUUGCCGGAAUCAUCCAGACUUCGAGUGAUGACGUUAUAACAAAAAUAGGCGCGGAAAUUGUUAAUACCCAACUUAUUAAAGGAUCAGCAAGUGAAACUUACAUUGGGGUGAUCAAUGUAAAUUCACAUAGGAAGCAAUUUGAAUCGAUAGCCGGAAUUCUUCGGAUAGGAGAUCCAACUUUUUUGAACUACCAACAGCCGUUAACGAAUUUAGAAAAACUCGUCAUUCCGCCAGGUUCAUCCAGCGCCAUUCUUGUUUCAGGUGAGAUCAUCGUCAUAGAAGAAGAUGGUUCUACCAUCAAGCAGACCACCUUAUCGAUUCCUUCCGGAGGAAUUUUGGGAAUCGUCACGAAGACGGAAGGCGGCGCAAUUUCCGGAAUCUCUAACGGUUACUUCACCACCAAUUCGACCCAACUUACUUUCCCAUUUGGAACGCAAUUUGGCACAAUUUUCACCAGUCCCGAUGGAACGAUUCGUCUUGAAAAUCCCAUCUACACUAACGCCAAAACCACCAUCACGGUUCCAGUUGGAAGUAUUUUUGGAGAACUCAUUCUCUCGAGUCAAGGAAUAGUAACCGGAAUUGGGAAGGCAUACUUUUCUACUCGAUAUUUGCUUAUUACGAACUCACCACCCCCAGUCCCAUCACUGGUUGGCAUCUACGGCACAAUUUAUUUUAGUGAAAAUUUUACCUUGUCUCGAUCGAUUGUCAGCACUUCAACGGACGUGGAAAUUCAACAGCAGACUAUUGCUGCCAUUGUCCAAAUUACAUCACGCAAACGCUCCGAUAAUAUCACCUCACCAUCUGUUGCGUCCGGAAACUCUUUCGUCAUUAUUCCUAACACAGGACAAGGAGUUGUAUCGGUGAAUGAAGAUGGAACUACAUCAAAUUUUACUAUCUUACCUGGUCAGAUGCUCGGUUUCUUCGACGUUAAAAAUGCGAAAGUGACACAUCUUGGUGAUGGAUUUUACACGACGGCAACUACUUCAAUAUCGUUUGGUUCUGGAACGAUAUACAGUGUCGUCAAAAUUGGACUUGAUGGAACCAUUCUUCCGAUGGAAUCCAAUAGGACAUCAACAGGCGAUUUGUCAAUAACUGUAACGGAAGGAAGUAUAGUUGGAGUGCUUGAUUUAAUAAAUCGAGGCGGCAUUCAAAUUAUCAACUCUAUUGGAGGAGCACCUUUCGUGAUUCGAAACUUGAUCUCUACGUCGUCUUCAACUAGUGCGAAUGGUGUAAUUGGGCUACUUGGAAUUGAUGACUUUUCAACUUCACCCCCUCCAACAACAACAACAACACCUACAACAACAACAACAACACCUACAACAACAACAACAACAACAACAACAACCCCAACCCCAAAACCUACAGGCCCAUUUGUAAUUGAUUGCUCAUCAGAAAAACCCCUCCAAUAUCCGCUCGACUGUUCACGAUUCUACCAGUGUAUCACUAAAGGCGACACACGGGAAGUUUACGUCUUCCUCUGUAACGCAGGACUCUACUUCGACGAUGCUUCAUCUAGUUGCCGACUCCCAAGUGAAACUGUUUGUCGGGAUAAUUCUUCAAUUUCUUCUACAACUGAUUCUGGUGAUAGCUUUGGCGGAAUAUUAGAACUUAGCUGCGACGGAAAUCUUUAUCGAUACCCCCUCAAUUGUCAAAAUUUUUACACCUGCUUCAAGUACGAUGGGCAGGAAAUAAUGAACGUUUACGCUUGUGCGGCUAAUUUAGUUUUUGACGAGCCUUCCCAGAGAUGUCUGCUACCCUCCGAAACUUUGUCUUGUAACGUAAAAGAUUAUUUCUUCAAAUCACCCUCCCAGUUACUAGACAGAUUCGGAACCGAUUCUUCUAUUUCAAAAUCAAUUGCCAUUUUUGAAGAGCAAACAAAAACUAUUUCCAAAAGAAAACGAUUAGCUGAACCAGGUACACUGACGUUACCCCACUAUGGCAGACGAGGAGCUUUCCAAAAUCAAUUGGCAAUUCGUAUGAGCGCCAGUUCUGAGAUUCCAGAAUGAAACAAGUCCUCUCCGUGAAUUCAAAUCCUCCGCUCAUGGCACUACACUAUCCAAAGCCAGGAAAUCACCGGCAAUUAUUACUAAUAAUACCCAACCGCUUCAUGUUUCUUCGUAUUUUAUCAAUUAUGUGGACAAGGUACUGGAACAUAUAUGGAUGUAUCAUUAAUGUUGUCUUAAAAAUGGAAAAUAUGCGAUGGUGAAGGUAUUGAAUAAACAUAUGAUUAAUAACGCAA